UCUUCUGACCCCACCAAACAGCAAGAAGAAAAUGGCCACAGGCAGGGCCCUGGUGUUAAGACUUUUCUUCAUGGCUGCCCUGAUGAGCCCCCAGAAGUCAUGGGCUAUCAAAGAGGAGCACAGGAUCAUCCAGGCGGAGUUCUAUCUUUCCCCAGACGACAAAGGAGAGUUUAUGUUUGACUUUGACGGUGAUGAGAUUUUCCACGUGGAUACUGGAAAGUCGGAGACCAUCUGGAGACUUAAAGAAUUCGGACAGUUUGCCAGUUUCGAAGCUCAGGGUGCAUUGGCCAACCUAGCUGUGGACAAAGCUAACCUGGAAAUCAUGAUAAAGCGUUCCAACCACACUCCAGCCACCAAUGUGUCCCCAGAGGUGACUGUGCUCACCAACAGUCCAGCGAGCCUGGGGGAGCCCAACAUCCUCAUCUGCUUCGUCGACAAGUUCUCCCCUCCGGUGGUCAAUGUCACCUGGCUUCGGAACGGACAGCCUGUCACCACAGGCGUGUCAGAAACCGUCUUCCUACCCAGGGAUGAUCACCUCUUCCGCAAGUUCUACUAUCUGACCUUCCUGCCCUCCACGGACGAUUACUAUGACUGCAGGGUGGAGCACUGGGGUUUGGAGGAGCCUCUGCUCAAGCACUGGGAAUUUGAAGAGCAAACCCUCCUCCCAGAAACUAAAGAGAACGUGGUGUGUGCUCUCGGACUGUUUUUGGGUCUUGUGGGCAUCAUUGCCGGGGUUGUCUUCAUCAUCAAGGGUAUGCAAAGACGGAAUGCUGCAGACCGCCGCCAAGGAGCCCUGUGAGACGGCUGGAGGCGAUGCCUUUAACAGAAGCAGAACGAGGAAACUUGCUGUGACAUCGGCUGAGCCCCUUUUCUCAGCUGUUCACCUCAGCGGAGACUCGCACCUUCUGCAGUCUCCGGCCUUAAACCUCGACAAUGGCUGCAGGUUCUCUGGUCUGAUGUGUAGCUGGGGUUCUCUGCCUCCUUCCUGUGUUUUCUAUCUUCCAUCCUUUGCAGUCACCACCUAAUUCCCUGACAAAUAUCAUGACGUUCUUCCUCUGCUGUGGAACUCUCAGAGCACUGCAUGGAAGUAUCUUCUGCUCUCUUACAGCUUGCUGUUUCUCCAAACUGUGUUUU